AUGACGCACUACUUUAACGAGUAUUUCGACUACGAGACCGACCUCGCCAACAAGCAGCGCGGCAAGUGGAACGGCGGAUCCGGCGUGCUUCCCGAGGGUUUGCUGCCUCCGUGGGUGGCGCUCACCGCAGGCAACGUGUUCCUCAUCGGGAGCGUCGUCACGCUCGCGUUCCUCCGAACUCCCGCGCAGUACGUCGCGUGUGCGACCGUGUUCCUCUCGUGGUUGUACACCGGCCCGCCCUUUAAGCUCCAUUAUCGCGGUUUGGGCGAAGUGGUCGUGGCGGUCGUGCUCACUUGGUGCGUGCCCGUGAUGGGUGCGCUACAGCGCCGCGGCGACGGCGCGUUCGUGCUUCCAACAUCGCUCCGCGCCAUCAUCCCGCUGCUUUUCGUGCAGCAGUUCGUGCGGAUGAUGGUCAUGAAUUUGCCCGACAUCGAGUCCGACCUGCAGUGCAGCAAGAUCACGUUGACUGCGCAAAUGGGGCCCGAGCGGGUGGCGCGUUUAUAUAAAUUCGUACAACACGCGACUGGCAUGGUAGCCGUGGGCUUGUUCGCUUCUGGUCACAUGACGUGGCCCGUGCUGGUCGCGUUUCUCGUCGCCGCGACGAAGGGGAUCAGUCUGGCGCGUCGCUUGGACGAGAUCGUGUUUCCCGCUGGAACGAGGACUGAUGCACGCAAGAAAAAAGGCGAUGAUGCAUGCACUACUACUGCAGCAAAGCACGGAGAUCCGCUAGCGCACACAUCGUAUGGGGCGAAGGGGGAUGGUGCUCGAGAUCUCCAGAUCGGCAGCAUCCGCACUAACUCAGCUACCCGUGCCCACAAGCAAGCAGUGGAUAACCUGGAGAAAUCGGAGGCGGAGAAAGACAAGCACUCCACUCUAACACGGUGGCAGAUCACGGAUUCUUCUACCCGACACAUCAUCCGUCUACUCCACAUAGCGCUCUUCGUCUGCAUGGCGGGCGCUCCCAUCGCCAUGUUUGUCCCACUGUGCUGGUUUUUGGCGAAGGAACGGUUACCAGACCUUCCUCCAUCCGGCGGAUACGGCUCAUACUACACUCAGUAA